AUGGAGAUCCAGGAUCAGGAUCUGGUUACAGAUCAGGAUCCGGUUACAGAUCCAGGAUCAGGAUCCAGUUACACAUCCAGGAUCAGGAUCAGGAUCCAGGUACAGAUCCAGUACAUUGGAUCCAGGAUCAGAAUCCAGGUACAGACACAGGAUCAGGAUCUGGUUACAGAUCCAGGAUCAGGAUCCAGGUACAGACACAGGAACAGGAUCCAGAGACUCGUCACCUCUGAAGUCAACGAUCAAGAGGAGGAGAGAGAUAAUACUCGCUUCAUGGAGCAAAUUACCACCAGUACAGGACCACCCACCAGUACAGGACCACCAGUACCACCAGUACAGGACCACCAGUACAGGGACCACCAGUACAGGACCACCAGUACAGGACCACCAGUACAGGACCACCAGUACAGGACCACCAGGACCACCAGUACAGGACCACCAGUACAGGACCACCAGUACCACCAGUACCAGGACCACCAGUACAGGACCACCAGUACAGGACCACCAGUACCACCAGUACCACCAGUACAGGACCACCAGUACAGGACCACCAGUACCACCAGUACAGGACCACCAGUACAGGACCACCAGUACAGGACCACCAGUACAGGACCAGUACCACCAGUACAGGACCACCAGUACCACCAGUACAGGACCAGUACCACCAGUACAGGACCACCAGUACAGUACCACCAGUACAGGACCAGUACCACCAGUACAGGACCACCAGUACAGUACCACCAGUACAGGACCAGUACCACCAGUACAGGACCACCAGUACAGGACCAGUACCACCAGUACAGGACCACCAGUACCACCAGUACCACCAGUACAGGACCACCAGGACCACCAGUACAGGACCACCAGUACCACCAGUACCACCAGUACAGGACCGGGUCCCUGUUCUACCCGCUAACUUGCUGUAAAACUGGGGUUCAGGUUAGUGUGACGAAGAGGAGGAGGAGGAGGAGGAGGUAGCGGGGUAAGAGGAGGAAGAGGAAGAGGAGGAGGUAGCGGGGUAAGAGGAGGAGGGGGUAGCGGGGUAAGAGGAGGAAGAGGAGGAGGUAGCGGGGUAAGAGGAGGAAGAGGAGGAGGAGGAGGUAGCGGGGUAAGAGGAGGCUGUUCUCUGUUCUGGACUGAUCACUGCUGAUGACUUCACUGACGUCCAGAGAACCAGGACCUUCAGCUGCAUCUGAUCCCGAUGAAGACCGUAGGUCCUCACACAGACGGUUAAACCCGCCUGUCCUCACACAGACGGUUAAACCCGCCUGUCCUCACACAGACGGUUAAACCCGCCUGUCCUCACACGGUUAAACCCGCCUGUCC